AUGUCCGUACCGCCGAUCCAGACCGGCGACCCGGUGGCGGGUACGGUCGUCGACAAUGAGAUAGGGGAUCCGCUAUCCAGGAAGGCCGAGAUCAAAGAGUUCAGCGAGGACUCAGGCCCGGAGGAUUCGUAUGAUACUUACGGGAAGAAUCCGUUUCUGGACGAGGCUGUCGCAGAGCACUGGAGGCAGGUCUAUCACGAGUCACAGUAUGAAUGUCGCCAUGUCUUCGAUCCAGCCCUGACGUGGACCGAGGAAGAGGAGAAAGCCAUCAUUCGCAAACUCGACUGGCGCGUGUGCUUAUGGGCCUGCGUUAUGUUUUUCGGCCUCCAGGUAGACCGUGGCAAUCUGGUCCAGGCGGUGUCAGACAAUAUGUUGGAUGACCUUGGUCUGAAUACCAAUGACUAUAACUACGGAAACACUGUAUUCCUGGUAUCUUUCCUUUUUGCUGAGCUGCCGUCUCAACUCGUUUCCAAAAAAGUCGGACCAGACCGAUGGAUUCCCAUGCAGAUCUGCUUGUGGAGCAUCGUGGCUUCUUGCCAGUUUUGGAUUUCAGGCAACGCAUCAUUCCUCGUCACUCGAGCUCUUCUGGGCGUCCUGGAAGGCGGAUUUAUCCCCGAUCUCGUUCUAUGGCUGAGCUAUUUUUAUACGUCUAGGGAACUGCCAAUCAGGUUAAGCUAUUUCUGGACCACGCUGUCUGCAACUACUAUCCUCACAUCCCUAUUGGCUUUCGCUUUGCUCCAUAUGCGCGGGGUGUUGGGCUACGCCGGCUGGCGGUGGCUAUUCCUGAUCGAGGGUCUCAUUACCCUCACGGUGGGGAUAGCCUCCUUUUUCCUGAUGCCAGCAUCGGCUGUGCAGACCAAAACCUGGUUCAGACCCAAUGGUUGGUUUAGUGACCGUGAGGUGGCGAUUGUCGUAAACCGAGUCUUGAGGGACGACCCAAGCAAAGGCGACAUGCACAAUCGACAGGCUUUAACACCUAGGCGCCUCUUGCAAACACUGAAGGACUAUGAUUUGUGGCCACUCUAUAUCCUUGGAUUGGUCGUCUUCAUUCCUCAGAGUCCUCCAUCGAAGUACCUGACCUUGAUUGUCAAGUCUCUUGGCUUCAGCACGUUCAACACAAAUCUUCUCACGAUUCCAUCCAGCGUCUUCCAUAUCAUCACGUUGCUUGCCCUCACAAGAUUAUCAGACUACCUGAACGAGAAAACCUUAGUAGCAAUGCUGCAAGCUGUAUGGACACUGCCUUGUGUCAUCGCCCUAGAAUGGUGGCCCGGCAUGAUAGACAACAAAUGGGGCACGUACGCGCUCGUUUCCAUCCUCCUCAGCUACCCAUAUUGCCACGCUAUACUCGUGGCAUGGACCAGCCAGAAUAGCAAUAAUGUGGGGACUCGAUCCGUUUCGGCGGCGCUGUACAAUAUGUCAGUCCAGUUGGGCAACAUAAUCGCGAACUUCAUCUACCGCGACGAUGACAAGCCUUACUACCGACGUGGAAACCGCCAAUUAUUCAUUAUUAACAUCCUCGCCAUCGUUCUGUUCCUGUUCACCAAGGCGUAUUAUAUUUGGAGGAACAAGCAAAAGGACCGAGUUUGGAACGCCCUUACGAAAGAAGAACAAGAAUAUUAUAUCAAAAAUACGAGACUGCAGGGGAGCAGAAGGUUGGAUUUCAGGUUCUCCCACUAG